UCGAAAAACCGUCUGCUUUAGGUUAUCUUAUCCAUAGUCCGCAGUAGCAAGUCAACAGUAUGAUAACGAUUUUGGUGUGGCACACAGUGCAAACUGCGCUCAUUAUCAUGUAAUCAAAAAGUGCCGUCGUAGCAAGCUCAUUAAUUUCGUUUCCCGUGGACGAAGCCGCGAUCCCCGAUGUCGAGUCUACCAUGAAAACGAGUGCGUGUUUUAUGUUCCACAACAAACACCGACUCACGGCCAUACUGCACGGACAAAUGUGUCAUACUCGUGCAACUUGUUGUUUAUCGAUCUGUUUUCGUGCGUAGUUUUUUGCUGGUAUUACAUUUUAUCUUGCCUAAUCAUAGAUAGACAACAUGACGACGAGAAACUUAACGGAGGCUUUCAUAAUUAUGCGGAAUAAUGCUUUGACAGCAAAGCAUAUUUAUGCAGAACAGAACAUGUCGGAUCGCAUGGCCCUUGUUGAUCCUGAACUGGGAAUAGAUGGAGUAGAACUAAGAGGGAUGAGUUACAGUACAGCUCCACCGCCUUGGAUCGAUGCCUUGGAAGAGGCUCAGUACAUAUUAAGUCGUUUGAAGACUAAAAUAGAUAGCUUAAUAGAAUUACAAUCUAAACAAUUACACAGGCCUACUCUAGAUGAUAAUCCACAGGAAGAGCGUCAAAUAGAACAAUUGACUAGAGAUAUAAGCAGAGCUUUUUCCAGUGGAUUUAGACAAGUACAAACAAUAAAAUCAGCGGGCAGGCAUGAACAUAAACAUGCAGAAAAACAGUUGGCAUCGAGUGCAGUCAGAGCCAUUUCUACAGCCAUGCAAAAUCUUGGUUUCAAAUAUCGAGCUGCACAACAGGACUAUUUACAAAAAAUUAAUUCUAGAGAAGAGAGAAAUAAACUAUUUUUUGAAGAUGAAUUUUUUUCCAAAUCAUCGGAUUAUAUGUUCAAUGAUGUAAUUGAUACUGAUACAAGCGCUAACUCAUGGCCAAGCCAUCAAAAACAAGAUGUUCUUCUUCAAUUAGACGAUGCUGAACUAGAUGUUCAGAUGGCUUCCGAACGGGAACAAGAAGUAGAACAUAUUGUCAAAAGUGUAUCAGAACUUCAUGAUGUAUUUAAGGAAUUAGCAGUUAUGGUUCAGGACCAAGGAACAGUUUUAGAUAGGAUAGAUUAUCACGUAGAACAAACUCAAGUUCAAGUUCACGAAGGCUGUCAGCAAUUAAAAAAAGCAGAAACUUACAAAAGAAGUAAUCGUAAAGUGUACUGCAUUUUAAUACUUGCAGGUUCUAUAAUGUCAUUUUUAAUUUUUUAUAUAUUAUUUUCUUAGUCAAUCGUUUUUGUAAUAUAUUUUUAAAAUUGUAACAUAGAUUAAUUACUGUUAAAAAUUCUUGGUUGUUGAAAUUCAUGCAUGUAAAUUUUUAAUAUUUUGUUGGUGUAGAACUUACUCAAUUUUACUCAUACAAUUACUCACUUUGAAAAAUAUUAGCGGUCGAGAUGAUGGCUGCUAGUUUGGUAAAAAUUCUUUAAAGACAUACAGUAUUUAUAAACAAAAGUGUAACAAUAAUAGACUGAUAUAUUACUUAAAAACUUAUGUGUCCAAUUAGUUUUAAUUACUUUAAAGUAAAAAAUUUCCAAUAUUGGUGUUAUCUACUUUAGAAGGCUCGAACUAAGCAAAAUAUUCUUAUUCGAUGUACUAUAAUCUGGGUAAAAGUAAGAAAAGGAACACGACGAUUAUGUGAAAAAUUGUAAACAGUAAAAUAAGAAAAGUGUUGAAAGAUAUAAAAAUAAAUAGCUAUACGUUAAUAAUUUAUACUUAUUUCCAUAUGAUUUCGUAUAAUUGUACAAAAGUUCGUUGGUUGUGUGGUAAAGGAAGACUCAAAGUUAGAAUGCAAGAGUAAUUUUUUUGUCUUAUAGUAUAUAACUAAAUUUAUUUCUCGUUAUUAAAAUGAACGUACUUGAAGGAA